UUAUUUUUUUUUUUUGUCAAAAAUAAAGCCAACACCUAUGACAAAGAGGCUAAGACACACCCAAGGAACCAACACUUACAUGGCUUCUCACAUUGUUCUCUUAUUUUGCUCACAGUUGAGUAGUUGCUUCCUUAUCUGCAUGAAGGAAGAUAGCAUUGAUGGAAUAUAUGACACUCUCAAGGAGUGUGCUGUAAUCAGUAAAUCGGCAGGUGGAAUUGGUUUGUCUGUUCACAAUAUCCGAGCUACAGGGAGUUACAUCCGCGGAACAAAUGGUACAUCCAAUGGGAUUGUUCCUAUGCUGCGCGUGUUCAAUGAUACUGCACGAUAUGUUGACCAAGGUGGUGGGAAAAGAAAAGGGGCUUUUGCUGUGUAUCUUGAGCCUUGGCAUGCAGAUAUCUUUGACUUUCUGGAUUUGAGAAAAAACCAUGGAAAGGAAGAGCAUCGAGCACGUGAUCUUUUUUAUGCUCUCUGGAUACCUGAUUUAUUCAUGAAGAGAGUCCAAACUGAUGGGCAAUGGUCACUAUUUUGCCCAAAUGAGGCCCCUGGAUUGGCAGAUUGCUGGGGUGAAGAGUUUGAAAAACUCUAUUUGCAGUAUGAAAUAGAGGGUAAAGCUAAGAAAGUUGUUAAGGCACAUGAUCUGUGGUUUGAGAUUUUAAAAUCCCAGAUAGAGACUGGAACUCCUUACAUGCUCUUUAAAGAUUCUUGCAAUAAAAAAAGCAACCAACAGAAUCUUGGCACAAUUAAAUCUUCUAACUUGUGUACUGAGAUUAUUCAAUACACAAGUCCAGAUGAAACUGCUGUCUGCAAUCUGGCUUCAAUUGCAUUGCCACGAUUUAUCAGGGAGAAGGGGGUCCCAAUUGAGUCCCAACCAUCUAAGCUUGUUGGCAGUUUGGAUUCCAAAAACCGGUACUUUGACUUUGACAAACUGGCCGAGGUCACUGCAGUAAUCACAGCUAACCUGAAUAAAAUCAUUGAUGUAAAUUAUUAUCCUGUUGAAACUGCAAAAACGUCUAAUUUCCGGCACAGGCCAAUUGGAAUCGGGGUGCAAGGCCUCGCAGACACAUUCAUAUUGCUUGGCAUGGCUUUUGAUUCACCAGAGGCUCAACAACUAAACAAGGAAAUAUUUGAGACAAUAUACUAUCAUGCUCUAAAUAGUUCUUCUGAGCUGGCAGCUAAGGAAGGCCCCUAUGAGUCGUAUGAUGGAAGUCCUGUGAGCAAGGGUAUCCUCCAACCUGAUAUGUGGGAAGUGACCCCUUCAGCUCGAUGGGAUUGGAGUACUCUCCGAACAAGAAUAGAAAAGAAUGGAGUGAGAAAUUCCCUUCUUUUAGCUCCAAUGCCGACUGCUUCAACAAGCCAAAUUCUUGGAAAUAAUGAAUGUUUCGAGCCAUACACGUCUAAUAUCUACAGCCGUAGAGUCUUAAGUGGUGAAUUUGUUGUUGUGAACAAGCAUCUUCUCUAUGAUCUAACCAAGAUGGGACUUUGGUCACCUGCUCUUAAGAACCAAAUUAUACAUGAGGAUGGAUCUGUGCAAAAAAUCCCCGAGAUUCCCAAAGACCUUAAAGCAAUUUACAAGAGCGUUUGGGAGAUCAAACAAAGAGUUUUGGUUGAUAUGGCUGCUGAUCGUGGAUGCUAUAUAGACCAAAGCCAAAGCCUUAACAUCCAUAUGGACCAACCUAGUUUUGGAAAGCUUACUUCUCUUCACUUCUACACAUGGUCCAGGGGCUUAAAAACUGGAAUGUACUAUCUAAGAACACGUGCAGCUGCCGAUGCCAUCAAAUUUACAGUUGACGCAUCCAUCCUCAACAAGGAAAACCCCAUCACAGGCGCCGAUGAUGAAACAAAAAUGGCACAGAUGGUGUGUUCUUUAACGAACCGUGAAGAGUGCAUGGCAUGUGGAAGCUAGACGUCCCUUGCCAUUUCUCAGAGCAUAACACUUGCGCUUUUUACCUGAAGGUUAAAUAUUGUGUACAAAGUUAGGUUAGGGGUUAUGUAAUUCUGCUCAAACUCUUUGUCAUCUUUAAAACAAACUGCUGGACAUGUGAUGAAGCCUAAACUAUUAUAGACUAUAUAUGCGCAGGCUUUCCGAGAGAGAUCGCUCUGUUUGGGGGAAGAAGGAUUUGCCAAAUUCUUUCAUAUAUUUAAGAUUUUAAGGUCUUCAAUAUCACUUCAUAUGGUGCAGUCUUAAAUACUAGGGAGUAUUUCCUAUUUUUGUUAUACUGUUACUUGUCCUAUAAGGUGAGAUGUAAUGUAGAGGUGUGGUGCUGUAUACCCUAUAAAUGCUAGAACAUUCC